UGCUGAAAAGAGCAGUGGCGGGGAUAAUGAAAGUCAGAGCAGUUCCUCUUUAUACUCACCUCUAUUGAAGCUGUGUUUAUUGUUUUAUCGCGACGGAAAGUAUAUUACGUCGGCGAACGGACAUUUACUCUACUUAAUGAAUUCACUUAUGUAUGGAUUAUACCGUCUGUUGGCGUUGGCAACCGAGUGAUUGCAUCGUUAAUGGAGUUCAUAUCAUUGAAGGCCAGAGUGAAGUAAAGACGAUGGAAGACAGAAGCUUAUUGCAGAAUAUUCGCAGGCCACCCAAACUCAGCACACCUGUUCUAAUAAUCUCCAAACUCAUUGUGACUGCCCUGCCCAUCGCUCAGGUAUCAAUUGGUGCAAUAUAUCUGCAUGACUGUCCAAAGCAGCCCUAUAUUCCCAUCUAUCUGCUGGUGUCAGGUGUGUUUGCAUUGGUGCUCGGUCUGUUGUCCUGCCUUCCAUGCACUCAGGAGCCAGAAGAUGGCACUCAAACUCCUCUGAGUAGUCUCUGCACUGCCUGGAAUUCACUUGUUUCCCUUUUCCUCUUCUGCUGGUUCAUUGCUGGUAAUGUAUGGAUCUACUCUAUUUACCAGCCUAAUUACAUUGGCACCGAUUAUUGCAAUAAGACACUGUACCUGUUUGCUUUCUGGACUACCACAUUGGUCUAUAUAUUGCUGGGCAUUGUCUUCUUAGUCGGUUGCUGUAUGUUAUUCUGCCUGUGUUUGUGUGGAAGGAGUGGAAAUGUGGAUGACGUAUGAUAGACAGGGCCAGCAGUCAACAGUAAUAUUACUAAUAAUAAAAACACUCUUGUGGAGGACUUUUUUUUAUUUUAUUUGUUUUGUUUUUGCCUUUAUUUGAUGUUGUGCCACUUGCUGGGUCAGUUAUGAGCUUUUGCACUAUUGAAAACCUUAUUCUGUUAUGUAACUCUUUAUAAUUCAUGUGUAUAAAUGCAUUUGUAUUAUUGGGCACCAGAACUUUUUGACGAGAGAAGAGUUUAUUAACUGGACUGGUAUACUGUCUUUAUAAUGGCAUGUGCCAGAUUUUGCAUUUGAGAAUAUUGUGGAAUGCUGAAUAAAAAUAUAAAAGAUUAAUAAAUUGAUACAAAAGAUUAUAUUACCUAUUAUAACUUUUUUAUUUAUGUAUUGUUAAUUAUUACACUGUUCUCUGGAAUACUUUAUUUUGAUUGGUCAAUUGUGCCAUUUUGCACAAAUAUUUUUGUAUACUGACACUAAACUGUAUAAUUGGCACCCUGUGCUGGUUUCGUCUUUUCUAACUUAAUAAUAAUAAUAAUAAUAAAAUCUUAAUUAAAAUUUAAA